AUGGCCCAACGUGCCGCUGCCCGGCGAAAGACGGAGGACUGGCAGGAUGCCUUCUACAGCCUAGAGGAACGACACCGCCAGCUGCAGCGGAAUUUCAACGAAAAGGAAGAGGAGCUCAAGCUGCUCAAAGUGUCACUGCGGCGUGAGUCGGCCACGCCGUCCUUCACUAGGGGCUACCCCCCACGUACGGCGCCUCUUGCGAGUGGGCGAGCCUCCAACGUGGGGAUGCCAUCGGCAUCGGUGAAGGCGAACGAGCGAACAUCAGUCACGAGCAGAGAAGGAGGAGGAGGAGGAGGAGGGGGACCGGUGCGUGGCGCGACACACGAGGGGCAGCCUGAGCGGAAUGUCAGUUUUCUCCCCGUCCCAGCAGCGGCACGGAGGGCGGACGCGGGCGCUGCUGCCGCAGAGUUGACGAGCGCAUGGUCGGCCGCCCCCCCACCAGAUCCGUCGAUGGUGUGGGGGAUGGAAAACAGCAUUCAAAAUUACGUCACCGCCAACGCUCUGUACCACGCGAACGAGGAGCUGCGCCAGCGUCUUGAUGAUGCCGUGGGUGUCGUGAAGACGCUGCAGCAUGAAUUGGCUUCCAGCCGCAGCCUGGUGGCGACAACGCAGAAGCGGCUAGAGGAGGCGACGCAGCAAAUGCACCAACUCGUGCGGGAGCGUGACCUGGCCGGUCAGAAACUUUCCGUCUCACAGCAGGCCGUCGUGGACCUUGAGCGAAACCUAAAGAAUCAUACCAUGGAGGAGGAGCGGAUUCGUUUUUCGCUGGAGUCACAGAUCACUGAGUUGCGCAGUCGCCUCGUUGUGGGGGCUGACAGCAACGAGCUGCUCACGCGCGACGUUCGCACCCUUCUCACGGAGGUCAAGGAGAAGACGUUGGAGGUGCAGAGUUUGCGGUCGAAGCUUACCCUAGCAGAGGCAGCCUUGUCGUCGCAGAAGCAAAACAAUGAAAACCUUCUUGUGGAGCUGCGCGGCCUCAACACGCAGCUGAUUAAUGAGCGCAAAAGGCUGCUUUCCAUGACGCGCGAGGCGCAAUUGGCGAGUUUGCGUGCCGAGGACGCGAAGGAUGUUGAGGCGCGAUUAGCAGAGGCCGUAGAGAGCCGUGGCUCGCUUGAGCGUGAGCACGUGCGGCUGAUGGAGAGUUUGGUUGGCAUUACAGAGAGUGCCUUGCGGCAGGCGCGGGAGGAGGUGCGACAGGACAUCGCCGAUUGGCGUACAUCCGCCGCCCACUGGGAGGAGGUGUCGCAGCUGCUCUACAAGGAUAUUGCGCAACGCACGCAGGCGCACAUUCAGUGUCGUGAGGAGUGCGAGGAGGCUAAGCGAGACCGUGACGAGGCUUCUAUGGCGUUGCGGGAGGCAUGGGAAGACCUGAAGCUGUGCCGUGCGAAGCUGGACAUUGUGUGGCCAACGCACCGAGCCGACACACGUGACUUGACACCGGCGGAAAUCCUUUCCACGUUUGGAAACUACAGGGCCUUCUUCCGACAGAAGCGAGACACAAGAUCUCGCCGUGGUGACGGUGCCGCGGUGCCGCCGGAGGAGACUGACGGAGACGAAGGCGAAAUUACCGUGGAGUUGUGUGACGUACCGAUGGAGGAGCAGCUCCGCGAGCUCCACGAGGCGAAUGGGGUGUUGCUGGCAGAGCUGGAGCAGCUUCGCAUCACAAAUGAGUUGCAGGCGGAGCGGCUGUCCAAAAUGGAGAUGCAUGCGCGACGGGAGCGGGAGGAGGUGCAGGCCUCCGCGGAGGCGUUGGAGCAGCGGGAGGAGGCCGCGCAGCAGUUUUUGCAGACACAACUUGACCACGUGGCGUUUCUGGAGGCCCAGGUGCGCUCGCUGCGCGGCUACGACGUGUCUCCAAGCAUCUCACUGCGUGAACUUAGCCCUGGGGAGACAGUGUUUGAGCUCUUUCUGGGGCAGAUUCUUUCCACCGAAACGCCGGAGGGGGUGAACCUGCGUGACACGUUCCCACCGAUUUUCUGCUCCGUGGACUUUCUGCUGCACGAAACCAUCACGACCCCCAUUGUGACGGGGCUCAAUGGCUUCCUUGACACAACGGUCUCCUUUUGCGUCGCCAUGGACGCGCUGUUGCAGCGCUACCUGCAGUCGCGCGAGCUGCUUGUGCAGCUGCAUCGUGUGCGCUCGCAGGAUGAGAUUGAAGAACGCGCGUCUACACAAACCGACGCACACGACGCGCUUUUUGCGGAGCGUUUGUACUCGACGCUGGCGGAGGGCUCCGUCAGUUUGUUCUCGCUUGUGUCGGUUGAAACGUGUCGCAAUGCCCAGCGACCCACACUCAGCGGGCAUAUUCCCCUGCACACUCCAAACGGUCACCACAUCGCCUCGGUGGAGUUCACGGUGACGGUGCGAACCCCGUUUAGCGACGCCUUCCGCGCGUUGGCCGCCGAGGCGAGUAAAGAGCGGCGUCCGCAGCUGACGGCGACGGCGGCGACGGCUGUGACGGCGAAUACGUCACGCGGCGAAGGGCGGAUGCAGUUGGUGCCAACGAGGCACCACUCGGAGGCCAUUGGUUCGGUGUCCACGACCUCCUCCUCCUCCACUUCUCUUUUAGAGUCGAAGUCACACAACCGAACUUUUGGUUUUACGCUUGUGCCACGUGCCGCCGCAAUGGCCAGCGUCUCGUCCUCCUCUGCGUCGUCGGCUCCCAUCCGUUCGCUGAUGGUGGAUGUGUGUAAGCUGCAUUUGCCGUCUAGCCUGGUUCCCGUUCCGCGUCUCUCGUGCUACUACUCGUUGACUCCGCUUGGCCGUGAUGUGUACCUUCCCGCCCCACCAACCCCGCGGUACGAGUGCGAGUAUUUGCAAGAGGGCGGCAGCCGCGGAACCUGCUUUCCGGUCAACUCUGUGCGCGAGUUGCUUGCGGUGACGCGUGAGCCCUUCAUGCUGUUUUUCUUCGACGCGUUUUCCCUGGAGGUGUGUGGUAGUGAACGACGGGGUCAAGGCCCGUACUGGGCGAUGGCCAUGGCUGAGUGGCGACUGGCACUCGAGCGGCCGGAGGAGUACGUCUCACUGGAGUUGCCGUUGAUGGAUCAGCAGGGAUGCCCUGUUCAAGGGGCAUUUGUGCAAGUGCGAUUACUUGCCACAAGCAAAACGCAGGGCGCCGAGGCAGGUUUAGCGACGGCCCUUGAAACAGCCCGUGCUGCAACGGCUACUCUCCGAGCUCGCGAUGCGCAUGCCGGAAGCGGCGGUGGUAUUGGUGGUGGUGCAGUCGCCGUUUCGGGGGGUGAUACCCUUCAGAGGGGCUCAGGCGGUAGACGCACGUAUGACACCACCCUGGAUUCUGUUGAACUGGAGAUGAUCCGGCGGCAACUGGACAGUUAG